ACUCCAUCCGGGGUGAUAACACGCCCACACCACUUCGCAUUCUGUGUGUACAGACAGAUUUUGUCGAGGCCAAGGAAGAGGCCAUUCUUCGCCAGAGUGCUGUACACACGAUCGAGGACCGAAAGAAAUUCGUCAAUGGUGUCUGCGUACAUCAGCGGAUCAUCUACCCAGGGUAGUAAGCUCUUGUACAACAAGUCUGCCUCACGCAUGAUCUUCUCCACAGAUUGCUAG